UGUGUGCUGGAUGACCGUCUUUCUGUAUUCAGGCUGUGAAAUGUGAGAGUUAAGGGUGGAGAAGAGAGGGUGUAAUGUGUGGUGUUGAGAGAGGCAGUGUUGUGUAGGUUAGUGGUGGUGGUGGGGCGAGACCCCACAACACUUAGGGGGGACCUGAACCAUCUCCUCAUCACUACAUUACUAUGGCACUGUAGCCUAACUCGCCUCUGCCUCGCCAACACUGGUCUGCUGUGACUACAUAACUCUGCCUAGCCCAUACCCCCCCCCAACACUGAACCACUGUGGCACCAUAACUUGCCUCUUCUUCCUCACCAUUACUGUAGCUCCUGUGGCACCGUAUUUUGCAUUUGCCUCGCCAACACAAAAAUAUGUUGGCACUGUUCUUAGGAUCUUUAUAAGUGGUACAAAGUUAUUGGUCUCUGGACGGUGGCACCAACAAAAACCUGUAGCCUGCACAAGUGCAUAGAAUGAACCCGAAAGCGAGAGGAACUCUUUGAACAUGCUCAGAAAACAUGCUGAAAUAUGAAAGGAUGGGGGAGCCACGAAGGUGUUGGCUGCGGUGGCAUAACUAUAGUGACUCGGUGACUUCAGCGCUUGAAUCAUUACGUUAUGAUGAAGACUUUUUGGAUGUAACUGUGGCAUGCGAAGGACGCACCAUCCGCGCUCAUAAAUUGGUGUUGUCUGCCUGCAGUGCAUAUUUCCGGAAAGUGCUAAAGGACCAUCCAUGUGACCAUCCUAUUAUUAUAUUAGAUGGAUUGGGCUGGAGAGAAGUGGUGGCAUUACUACAUUUUAUGUACUGUGGAGAGGUGGUGGUUGAAGAGGAUCACCUUCCAAAUCUCUUGAAUGCUGCCUCAAAUCUCAAUGUCACUGGUUUAACCCAUGUCACUUCUGCACUAGCCAGCACCCAGAUUGGUGGAGAAGAUGAUAGUGAUGAAGACGACUUUGAGGAUGAAGAAGAAGAUGAGGAAGAUGAUGACUUAAAAAUCUCUGAAAUUCAGACAUCUAAGAAAGACAUAGAAAGUGAGGGUGAUUCCUCGUAUGACAGUGAUGCUCCCCCUUCCAAAAGACAACGUACUGACUCGUCAGAUUUGCAACAGGGAAAAUGCAAUAAUAGUGAAACUGUGGAAGGAUCCUUAACUGAAAGCAAAGGAUCAUUUUCCCCUUCCAAAAAUAGUAAUAAUGCAACAGUUCCAGUUACCAGUUCAUCCCAUAUUCAGGAAGUCCUUGCAGCCACACCUGUUGAUGUUCCUCCCAUCAAUGACACAAGCAGUGACAAGGAAAAUGAGAAGGGACCUAUCAACCUUUCGGAAAAAAAUAAUAAAGAAUUAAAAAAUAUAAGAGUGAAAAUAAUGAAUGGAGACUGUCACGUCAAAGAUGAAAUGGAGGACCUGGAUGAGGUGGAGUCCAUUAUGGAGGCUGUGAAUUCUGGUCGGCUUGAAAAUGGGGACUCGGAUUCUCUUAAAACAUCUUUGUCGAUAUCGCUGACUAAGCCAGUUGAGUGUGUUAUGCCUGCAAAUUUAAUGGAUGGUACCACUGCUUCAGAUGCAACACCAUCUUUAGGAGCAGUGAGUUACGCUGCAUUUUUGGCAACUGGAGGUAUCCUUCCUGUGAACAGUGGCAAGCCCAGCACAACGAUACUUCUCACCCCAUCAGGGCUGGGCAGCAGCGCAAUUACUGAUGGCACCAUCAACAUGGAAAAGAUGGUGCAGCUGCUCCCAUCUCUACCCACCACGGGCACACUGCCAACCACAAUUACUCCACUGACAGCUGGCACCACACUCACCACUGCAACAGGCACAACUCUCAGUACAACUACUAAUCUUGUUACCACUUGUUCUGGCCAGCCAUAUAUCCAUCCUUCGCUUGUGUCUGUGAAGGAAGUGCAAGCCACUCUGGAGCAAUAUCAACGGAAGCUUGCAUUUCAUGAACCUCGACCUUGUCCUACUUGCAAAAGAAUGUAUCGAGAUGCUGCUACGUUACGAACUCAUAUGGCUAUCAUGCAUGCUGAAGGUAAAGAGCCCUUUUCCUGUACAUGUGGGGCUCUCUUUCGUACCAAGUAUGACAUGUACCAACACAAGAAAAAUGGUCAUCGGUAAGCUCUGCAAUUGAUGUACAAGACCAAAGAAAUAGCUCCAUAAAGAGGAAAGGUAGCAUCAACCAGCAAAAUCAUCUGUUUGUACUUCCACAUCAGAGUAGUGUUUUAUAUCACCAAAGAUGUUAAUGAAGACUAAGUUACCAACUACAAUUUGGCACAAAACUAGGAUAUUUAAGAAUCUUUGUCGUAUGACUUUAUACUUAGCUCAAGUAUGUGACUAAGGGAUCUAUAUAGUUUCUUUUAAGUCAGCAGAGCAUGAGUUGUAAUUUGGUUGACAAAAACUUCAUGUGUUUAAGAAGUGUAAUAGUUGACAUAACUCAUGUUUGGAUUAGGUAAUACUUAGCUAAGAGCUCUUUUUGAUGAAUAGUUUUCCCUCUCUCUCACUGUUCUUUUUUAUUUUGUGUGUGAUUUUCCAGUCACAUUUAACUCACUGAUAUGAGAAUUGGAUCUUGCUCAAGUUAUUCCAAACUAAGUGUACAUUUUAUGCUGUUGUGAAGUCUCUUUUUAUCUUGAACUGUGCUGCUGCCAUCUGGUGGUGCUCGACACAUCCACUGCUGUUGAGCAUUAGUGAUGCUCUUCAGCAGUUUUACAAACUUUGAAACUGUUCAUGUCUGGUGCUGUAUGUGAAACUUGUCCUGUGUAUUUUUACAAAAUUGAUUGAAUGGAAUAUAACUGCUGCAGUGAAUCUUUUUUUUUAUUGUUGCUGUUGUGUGUGUGUGUGUGCGUGUGUGCAAUAGUACUAGUAUGCAUGUGAGUAGAAUAGGGAGCAGUGGAAGAGAGCUUUCACUUUGAAAUUGAUAGGUGCAAAUCAAUUGCUAAUAUUCAGCCUUAAUAUUGUUUUACUGUAUUUAAAUACAGUGUUGAGUACUGUGUGAGACAUGAGUGAUUCAGCAGUAAUAAUAGAGACCAAUGAGAGGUAUUGUUUUAAGUGUUUAAUAUACCAGCAGAUGUUAAAGAUGCUGUCUUAAGCAACCGUUCUAAAUACUAACAUAUUUAUAAUAUUUAUUUAAAUUUUGUUUAUUAUUGUCACAAAAAUGGUUAUUAAAUACCAAUAACUUUGAUCUCAAAUGUUAAAAAAUUAAUUCAGCCUAUUAAGCACCUGCAUGGUGCGGCAAAACACACACGACACUAAAAUUAUGAGUACAAUGCAGUACUAAUUGAUAACAUGUAUGACAAUUGCAAUUGUUGUUAUAAGCUUUCCUGGCUAUAAUACUUUGUCUUUAUUUUUCUUGUAAAUUUGGCUGUUACAAUAUAGAAUUAUAUAUUCACGAGGAGAAUUAGUUGAUGUAUUGAGCGUCGCUAAACUGAAGCUCCUCUUUGCUCUUCCUUUGUGAGGAAGUAUUUUAAUUUUUGUCCAAGUUAAUAAGUGUAGAGGUCAAGCAAGCUUUUGUUUGUGCCAGUAAGGUGAUAAGGGUGGCAUUUACAUUUGUUACCAGUAAAACCAUUUAUUCUGACCAUUGGGAAGACAAGGUUGUGUUAUGAUAUUGUUUAAGGUGAAGGAGUUACCACCAAAUAGUUUUAGGUUUGCACAUUUUUCAUUGAUAGAUUCUUGUUUCUUGUUACCAAAUAAUGGUAUGAAUAGAUUUUUGUAUAUCUGUUUUCCUUAGCCUAAGAGAUUUUUAUUACAUGUUAACUACAUUUUGAUUUUUAAAACCAAAUAUUUAGACAAAAGUAGUGACAGAAGUUAAUGAGGAACCCUAAAACUUUUUCCACUGUAAUUAUAUUUUCUGCUUUUAUUUUUAUGCUUAUUUUAUAAAUUAAAUUUUCUGUAUUUUGUGUAGUAAAUUAAGUAAAUUGAUUGUUAUUUUGGAGAAAAUAAUAUUUAUCUAUGAUUUAUAUUAUUUUUGUUUCAGCAUUUCUAGACAAGACUACUACUAUCAUGGCAUUGCAAUUUGAAAUAAGUACCAGUGAUAGAUUUAUUAGAUUUGAUAACAUUUGAUUUUCAUGCUAAUUAAGCAUUUUCUUUCAAUUUUAUGGUAUAUAAAGUGCUGUACAUGGUUGACACAUUUUCAUUUAUUGUGUGAAUGUUAUUGGCCAGUGUUAUCAUAGCACAAUACUGAGAAUUAACACUUCCUAACUAAAUCUCGGUGUAUUGUGUAUUUUUCCUUGUCUGCAAUUCUCCUCCCCCCCCCCCCCCCUUGUAUUGUACUUUUACACCCUGUGGCCCCCUCCCCUUCCGGCCCGUUGGCGUCGUGAGGGGGCUUGGUGGACGGCUGCCGGAGUGUGAUGCUCCGUUGGGCAGUCCUCUGUCCUUUUCUGGCCUUGCACUCCUGCUGCUGUCUUCUCCA